CUGUUUCUCUCUUCACCAUCUCCAAUUUUGUGAAUUUUGUACACCAAAUAUAACUGAGGAUCGGAUCGGGAUUAGAUUGGAUCAGGUCGGAGAUUCUUUUUUCUUUAAUCCUAUGGAAAAUGAUGAUUUAAAAUCGGAAGAUCAGAUGGAGAUUAUGAUGAUGAUGCAACAAAUGGAAAAAAUCCCUGAAUUUUACAAUGAUUUCUCACCGCCAUCCUCUGAUUUCAGCUCAACUACCACCGAUCACCCACAUUGCCAUUUGGAUUCCUCUUCAUCGCCUCCAUUAUUCAUCAACAACAACAGUAACAACAACAGCAACAACCCACCUUAUAAUUUCCCCCAACAAUCUACUGUUCCAUUCCCAGGAACCUCCAGUUCACGGUGGCGAAACUCCGGUAGUUGUGAAACAGAGAGUUUGCAGAAACAGAGGUCGGUAGCGGCUAUGAGGGAGAUGAUAUUCAGAAUAGCAGUGAUGCAACCAAUUCACAUAGACCCAGAAGCGGUGAAGCCACCAAAAAGAAGAAACGUGAAGAUUUCAACUGACCCACAAAGUGUAGCGGCUCGACAUAGGAGAGAAAGAAUUAGCGAGAGAAUUAGAAUACUUCAAAGAUUAGUCCCUGGAGGUACUAAAAUGGACACUGCUUCUAUGUUGGAUGAAGCUAUUCAUUAUGUUAAAUUCUUAAAAACCCAAGUUCAGUCUCUUGAAAGAGCCGCCGUUUCCGCUGGGAACCGCCCAAUCACCGGUGUUGGUGCACCCAGUAGCGUUGGGUUCCCUUUGGAAAUGUCAACGGGAAGUUACAUCCCUAAUCAUCAUCAAUCCCAACCUUGACCAAUUUGGAGAACAUAAUAUUGGUGCAAACCUUUAAUUAUCAUUAUAUUUUAUAUAGGAAAAUUUAAGGGUUGUGAAUCAGAUAAAAAUGAAAACCCUCUAUUAUCUCUCUCCGUUAUAUUUGCUAACUGUGAAGAGUGUACUCAAUUUGGUAACUGAAUAAAAUUGCAUGGAUUUGGGUUUA